GGCCCUUUUUUUGGAAGUCACACCUGUACCCGUUUCUUUUUCCCGCCCAGUUUGCCCCCUUUUUUUUUUUUUUAAUGUCAUUCAUCCAUUUUACACUAUGCUGCGCGAGCCCGAGUUCGUUCAAAAUUGAACUCUGCUAGCCCAUCUGUUGUGUCGCCUCCCCGUAAGGCAAUUUUUCCUGUUAAAAGGCCAGGCAUCAUUUGCCCCUCUGUGGUCUUGUGCAAACGUCCUCCUUUGCGAAGCCCAUUUUGGCACACGCGUUGUUUUUAUUUUAUUCCAACUCCACGCUGCUUCGCUUCCUUUCGUGCCAAAAGGAAAACAUGACAAAGCGGCAGGAGGGGAAACUUCUUUCAUUCCUGCAUUCUUGCAUUAUUGCAUCCUUGCUGCGAAUUUAGCUAACUCCUCCUUCCAAAAAUAAAAUAAAAAAAAAAAAAAUAUAAAUUUAAACUUCACCCUUCGCCACGUUGUAGGGAAGUGUACUAUACUAUGAGGGAGAGAACUAGGCCGUCGCCUAGCUCCUGCCCAAAGGAAAAGGGAGUGGAGACAUUACCAACCGUCCAUGCAAUAUUCGCAGAAAAGAAACAAAAAACGUAAAGAAAAAAACUUUUCAACUAUGUAGUCCCACCAUUGCACACACGGCACUCCCCCUGAGCAACUUCCAAAGGGAAAAAAAAAAAAAAAAAAAAAAAAAAUGCAUGCCUCGACAACACACCCACACGCGUGUCCCCUAAUAUGAAUAUAACCAGUUGCCAUGUUGUGCAGAUAUUUUUGGCAAUAUUUUUAAACAUCUGUACGUGCAAAUUGUACUACAUUAGCAAAUUACAUGUUGGCAAAAAAGGACAGCCUCCUCAAAAUGUUUCCCAAAGUGUGCAUCAAAUUAGCGCGAAAAAUGUAAAAGCGAGUGGAACUAAAGGAAGAAAUCGAGAGAAAUUAAAUUUCGCAAAAUUGAAUGGCGCCAGUGGGUUAUCGCCCAGUUGGGGGAAGUGCGAAGCGGUGGACGGGGGAAGGCGCUGUGCUGAAGAAGCCCACAAGGUAUCACGCAACCCGUCGUGCAGGCUGCCUAGCAGACCCCCCGGGCAUGGUCACCACCCCGCGGGGGAACAAACGCUUGUCCACGUUACAAACGCGUUAAUCGGGCCCAACCGCUUGGUGAACAAAUAUUCAUUCUUUAAAAAUCAAAAUGGGGAGUGUCAGCCCCCGUCCAGUGAGGCAGGCAGCGAUGAGAGGCGCACACGAAUGUGUCAUUGGGAAAAUAGCCGUCUCCAUAAUGCCCUCCCGUAUACCCUCCUCCAUAACGCGCUUCAACACAAAGCGGUGAGUUUACACCUACACAACGUCUACCAAGAAAUCAUCCGCACAGUGCAAAGUACGCUGAGGAGCAAAAUAUUUUACGUGGACGUUAAGGAAGAGUUGCUCAAGAGGAAAAACACCAUCAUGGACAUGCUGCACCAAAUUUAUGCACUACAAAAUAGGAGAAACACACAGGGGGGAGUUAAAAGCACAGAAGAGGACCAGAAAAAGCUUCGCAUUUUAUUCAUCGGGAGCAACGAGUUCAGUUUGCUGUGCUUUAAAGUGAUCAUGUUGAUCGUAAAGUACGUAAGAAAUGAUAUAGUUUUAGACCACGUAAUUACCAAGAGCCCCAGAAAAAAGGGAAGACAUUUAAAGCUAAAAAAGUCUCACAUUGAGGAGGAAGCAGAGAAAAAAAAUAUAAAAAUUUUUUAUUACGACAAAGUCAGGAAUGACACAUAUUUGCUAAAAAAUAAAACCUUCGAUUUGUGCAUUUCUGUAUCGUUUGGGGAAAUAUUUAACGCCUCCUUUUUUAAGAACAUUGCUGCCAAUGUGUAUACCUUGCACCCAAGCUUACUGCCAUUCUACCGGGGGGCAUCCCCCAUUCAGAGAAGUUUAUUAAAUAAUGAGUCCCUUUUUGGCUACUCUAUAUUUCUCACCAAUUUGCGCAUCGAUGGGGGGCCCCCUUUGAUAAGAAGGCCGCUUACGUUUGAUCAAGCUUUCAAUUUUAACGACAUAAUUACAGUGUUGUUCACCUUGGGGUCGCUGCAUUUGAUGAGCCGUAUUUUCUUCCUCGCCAGUUAUAAAUUGGGUGGCACCCAAGGGGAGUUACAACUUGGAGGGGAGCCGCCCCCCCCUUCGACCAUCUCUACACAGAAUAAUUACCAUCACUUACACCUUCGCCAUUUUCCAUAUGAUGAGGGAGAUAUCACCCCACGUGGCGUCCAAACGAAUCAGCCCAUGCUGCAUACAGACACUGAGCAGGACAUAAUGAAUCACGCUUGGCUGAGAAAUUACCUUACGUUCCCUUCGACCCAUAAGAACAAUAGCUACGCACCGAAAAUAAAAAGUGAAGAAAGGUAUGUCUGUUUUUUUUGUUCAACCGCCCUGCACAUUCAUAAUAAGGUGAGGGGGUUUAUAAACUGGCCCAAGGUGGAAUGUACCCUUUUCCUCUUCCACAAGGGUGGCCUCAAGGCCAUGGAGGUGAAGUUAAUUAAAACGGCCCACGACUCGGGCGACCAUAGCAGGGGUAGCGAUGGCAGCCGCCACCAUCGCCACCAAUUUAUACGCGGCGACACCGUUCAGAGCCACAAGUGCUUCGACGGAAUCCCGCGAAAAAGGGCCAUUUUUGAUAGGGGGGCCAUAAACAUUCUCUGCAAGGACAAUAGCCUUCUAAAAAUUUACCAAUUGCAGCGGAAAAACAAAAAAAUUAUGGACGCUUCAUCCUUCUUUAACAGCAUCAACAGAGUCGAUCUGCUGUACUAGUGGCAGCGUGCGUGAGGGUUUUUUUUUUUUUUUUUUUUCUUUCCUUUUGCGUCAUUUCGAGCGAAGAAAAUUGAAUUCCUUCAUCUUUGAAGUGCCCCCACUUGACGAUUUCAAAAUUUAGGAAGCGCUUCCCCAGGGGGCAAUUUGGCCAGUCGUUCUCGCGCAACUUUGCGGGGCGCACAUAACGCUUGCACUUUUUCUUUCUUACGUUUGUCAACUCUCUCAUUUGAGUGUUCAUGACGUUGGGCACGCCGCGGAUGAUGAUUUGCAGGAGCGUAUGUAUGGCUGCAUAUAUAUAUAUAUAUAGAUGUAUAUAUAUAAUCCCCGCGUUUUGCUGGCUCUUCCCCCCCGCACAGCUGCGCCUACGCAUGUUUGUUCGUUUCGUCGCUCCCAUUUGUUUACACCUUUACAAAAAAGUUCAUGCCAAUCCCCUGUGACUACACAAACCGCCAACCUAUUGAUGCUUAACAAAAUGUAAAGGAGCC